AUGGCUUAUGCAAAAAAUGGAGAGCUUGAAGAGGCAAUGUCAUUGUUUCAAGAUAUGGAGGGGAAGACGUUACCACUAAAUAUCGUGAUCUGCAAUAUUCUCAUUGGAGGUAUGUGUAAAGCCAAGAAUAUUGCAGCGGCAAAGGAUCUUUUUUCUAUACUACCAUGUAAAGGCAUUCGGCAUAAUGUGAGGACUUGUAACAUAAUGAUUAAUGGACUUCUUACUGGAGGCCUGGUAGGUGAAGCUCUAAAUUUGCAUCAAGAAAUGGAAGAAAAAGGAUGUGCUCCAACCGAUUGCACUUGUAAUUUAAUGAUUCGGGGACUUGUUCAUAACAACGAGAUAUCAAGAGCAUUGCAGUUCGCUGAUGAAAUGGUGGCAAAGGGUUUCUCUGCGGAUGUUUCAACUGUGGAGUUGUUUCUCAAUUUAAUUUCUCUGGGCAAAUUAGAUCUUAACUUGCAGCCAGUGGUGCAAAAGAUUUUAAGAGAUGUGCCUGUAACUUUUACUAAGGGAAGAUCAAGAUCGUAA